CGCAACAAACGCGCACACCCUCAAGAGGUCAACGUUGCAACGCGGCCAAACGGUUGGCCGCGUAAUGCCCCCUUUGUUAUCCACCCUUCCACUUAUUGUGAUGUUUGUCUGGAAGGCUACACCGAAUCAGAACCAUACGCAAUCCCCUGCGGUCAUAUAUUCUGCUUCAAUUGUCUUCAUCAUGUGGAGCCUUCAAACUGCCCGCUUUGCCGUCGACCAUUCUUACGAGAGCGAGCAAAGCGACUUUACGUUGAACGUCCUGAACCAGAUAUUGCUCAACGUUGAAAGGCAAGAACUCGCAGAUGAAGUAGACCUGUGGUUGAACGGACAAUCAGAAGACAACCAUGCACCUCUUCGCAAGGCACGCAGCGCCUUUUCUGCCUACAACAGGCUUUUGCACCGUAAGCAUCAAGACAGAGAAACUAUCCGAGACUACCAAGCUCGUUUGCGGCGCAAAGAUGAUGAAAACAGGCAAGCCACCGUAGACAACUCAGAACUUACCGCCAAGGUCUCCCGUCUUUCCCAAGAAAUCACUCAACUUCAAUCUCAGAUAGAGCCACUUCGCUCAGAACUGGCGAAAUACGAGCGACCCACCCAUAAUCCCCUCCCUGCCCCUCCACAACCUGUAGACUUUAACCGAUAUCCUGCUUUCGCCCGUGGAGCUGCUGAAUCGGCUGAGGGCUUCGCGGCUUCCUACCUGUCUACAAAUCGGGCAAACCUCUUUCCUACGAAAUCUUCUUCUUCCAAGCGGAAAGGCAAGGCCCGCCAAAUUGAUACACCUCCUCCUUCUCCUCCGGAACCCUUUUCCCCUGGUCAGCAGCUCCAGUUUGGUCGGAGUGCUAAUGUGAUCAUUCCUGGCGCGAGCCCCAGUCAACGAGUCAUACCAUCGCCAGACAUUAUCCCGAAUCAUGCGUAUGUUACGCCUCUGCCUGCGUCCGCCUACGUAAAUGGCUAUUCGACAGGCUAUAAUCAAGGCUACAGUGCCGCUAACACGAAUAGCACAUUCAUGCCCAACUAUCAUACAUCCAGUUCAGUGCAUCAAUUACCAAACCACUUUUCGGAGCCAGACGAGUUAGAUGUAGCCAUGGGUGGUUUACAACUGCAGGGUGUGCCAGCAGCUUCUGCUGCCAUUGCUCCUUCCCGUCGACCGGCUCCCGAAUCGGCACCGGCGUCCAGAAGUACAACUAGGUCCGCUCGUCGUCAAGCCCAACCAAGCCUUAACUCGGAAAGAUCAGUGGAAGUAGCUUCUUCUCGUCCAUCAGCCCCCAGACGAACUACCGUUCAAGUUGAUAACCAGCUUCACUCUACGCAACAGCCUCACAUUUAUGCACAGCCUCCCAUUUAUGCACCACCACCCGAGCCUGUCGCUACCUUGCCUGCAGCUUUACCAACUGCCUGGCAGCAACUGCAACAUCGGCAUAACCCAAACCGACAAAGCUACUCUUCAUGGGGUACGAUCGACUCCAAUGCCUCCAACUCUCCGGCGCGAACAAGCAACAGCCUCAGUGAUCUGGGUAGUCUUCGCAAUUUUCCUUAUGGUGUUCGGACGACUGAGGACAUUCUUGAUCGUGGGUUGGUCUCAACGCCCGGAGCGGACGACACCUAUCCGCUGGGGUUUACCGGUCCAACCCCACAACCACGCCGUGCACCUAGCUCCUUGAUGAACCCUACCUAUCAUUAUUCAACAACUUUGGAAACCCUACCACGGUCCUUCUCUCAACAGCCUGAAGAGGAAUUCGGACUAAUGUCAGCUCCAAACUCUAUGGAUAAUGCGCUAGGAUUGGAACUAGGUCUCGAACCGCAGGAGUAUACGAUUAACGCUCCGACUCCGCGGGUCCAAAUGGGUCCCUUUGUGAACUCUUGGGAUCUGAAUAACACUCACUAA